CAAAACUUGAAAAAUUACGGAAUUGUCACCAUAUAAACCUCUUCUGCUGCCCCAGCACGCUUCUCUCCCUCACACCUCUCCUCUCCUCUUCUGGUUUCCUCUCUGGCGACGACGACGAGAACUCCGCCACAUCUGGAAGAUAGCAGCCGAUCGAACUCCUUUACUCCCUGUUUUUCGUUGAUCUGCACCAAAAAUCUCUACCAAACGGGGCCUUUGAGAAUUCAGUAGCGUCGGAGGAAGAGAGAGUAGAAGACCUAGCUAGGGUUGGUUUGGGGUGAGAUCACCAGCAAUGGCGAUGCAAACUGGCAUGGGCCUCUCCAAGAUCUUGAUCUUGGUCGGAGCAGGGUACACUAGUACGAUCCUGGUUAAGAACGGUAAAUUAUCUGAUAUAUUGGGCGAAAUUCAGUCCCUGGUGAAAGGUAUGGAAAAAAAUGGGGAAUCAUCAGAGUCCGACUCUGACAUGUCUGAUGCCAUUGCUUCUCAGGUGCGUCGGUUAGCGAUGGAGGUUCGGCAACUGGCCUCAGCAAGACAGAUAACUGUGUUGAAUGGAAAUUCUGGCCAAAUCGGUAAUAUGACCUCUCUUAUAGUGCCAGCUGCUGCCGUGGGUGCAUUGUGCUAUGGAUGCAUGUGGUGGAAGGGUCUUGCCUUCUCAGAUCUUAUGUAUGUAACAAAGCGUAAUAUGGCAAAUGCUGUCUCAAACUUGACAAAACAUCUAGAGAGUGUGUCCGAGGCUCUUGCUGCAACAAAGAGGCACUUGACACAGCGAAUUGAGAACUUGGAUGGAAAACUUGACGAGCAAGUGGAAAUAUCAAAGUUAAUUAAGAAUGAGGUUACUGAUGUUCGUGGUGAUCUUUCUCAAAUUGGCUUUGACUUGGAUGCACUACAGAGAAUGGUUUCUGGCUUGGAUGGAAAGAUAUGUUCACUGGAAGACAAACAGGACCUUGCAAAUCUUGGUGUGUUGUACCUGUGCAACUUUGUUGAUGGAAGAAAAGUGAAAAUGCCGGAAGUUCUUCAGGAACAACUCAAGCUUUCUGGGAAGCCCCGUGGUUAUCUCAAUCCUUCUGAACCUCCAAGCCUAAUGGGUCUCAAGGAGAUAGCGGAUUCUUUAGUGUCGGGAAAUGCCAGUAGGUUAAUAACUGAUGGUACUACUCAAGAAGGUAUUGAGAGGUUGGAUGACCGGCCCAGGACCUUGAUGAGUUGAUGUGAUAUUUAUAGGACGGCUUCGACCAAGUGUUGAUUCAAAUGUUUUGUAAAGACCAUUUUUGGCAUGCCCCUGGUGGAAGAAUCAUCAUGAAUGUUCAAUAAGAAGCAUUGUCGAUCAUAUAUAUAUUUGCACUGUUAAUUUUUUUUUAUUGUUUCAAACCUAAGUAUGGGGUGGUUAUUUGUCAGUCGUGAUUCCUUGUCCAUGUACUUGUGUGACUGGUUCUCUUAUGUUGUUCAAGUUUGAUCUACAUGUUGAACAUAAGUGUUCUCUCUCUCUCUCCUACACAUUAUGAAAUGUUCUCUUAUAUUGUUCAA